CCUCUACUCCACAGCCCGUCGUCACCACGCCACCCUAUUAUCAUUAUAGUCCGUCUCGUUUUCAAUCUCGUUCGGCCACGAAACGUACCGACACCGCCUCGCGCACACCGUACACUUAUAUUAUCACAUAAAUUAUAUUUAUCUAUUUAAUUGUACAGAAAUAAUAAUAAUUGUUUUUAAAUAUUUCGCCGAUAUCUUCUAUUUGCGUGUUUUUUUUAUUCUGUGCGCAUCAACGCCGACGAUAGUGCGUUUAAGCAAUCGUGGCUACUGUACAUUUUUGAAGCGUAUUUCCACCAGUCCGCACGCAUCCAUUAUAGGUUAAUUAAGUCAGUUGGUCAAGUUCAUUAACAAAUGUCUGGAGAUAAAGAGGACUCGGUUCAGAGAGCCAAGCUGGCCGAACAGGCGGAACGCUACGACGAUAUGGCCAGCUCAAUGAAAUCUGUUACUGAAACUGGUGUUGAACUCUCCAAUGAAGAGCGAAACUUAUUAUCAGUAGCUUAUAAAAAUGUUGUUGGUGCUCGUAGAUCAUCAUGGCGAGUAAUAUCUUCAAUUGAACAGAAGACCGAGGGUUCUGAGAAAAAACAACAAAUGGCUAGAGAAUAUCGGGAGAAGGUUGAAAAAGAACUUCGAGACAUCUGCUAUGAUGUACUGAAUCUGUUGGACAAAUACCUUAUCCCUAAAGCAAGUAAUGCUGAGAGCAAAGUCUUUUACCUUAAAAUGAAGGGUGAUUAUUACAGGUAUCUCGCAGAAGUAGCAACUGGAGAAACUAGAAAUGCUGUGGUUGAGGACUCUCAAUUGGCAUACCAGGAUGCAUUUGAGAUCAGUAAAGCAAAAAUGCAACCAACACAUCCAAUCCGGUUGGGUUUGGCGUUAAAUUUCUCAGUAUUUUUCUAUGAGAUUUUAAAUUCACCAGACAAAGCUUGCCAAUUGGCAAAACAGGCAUUCGAUGAUGCAAUAGCCGAGCUGGAUACAUUAAAUGAAGACAGCUACAAGGAUUCAACGCUCAUCAUGCAAUUAUUGCGUGAUAAUUUGACGUUAUGGACGUCCGACACACAAGACAACGAUGAGCCCCAGGAAGCAACUGGAGACAACUAACUCUUUUUACUAAAAACAUUAAAAACAAAAUAAAAAAAAAACUAUAAUAAUUUUUAAUAAAGCAAAACAAAUAUUUACACACUUCUGCGAGAAUCUGCGCCCCUUCAUCUUCCACCAUCCCCACUACUGCGCUCUCACAACACGCUCUUUGUUUAUCCUUUCUUUUCUUUUUUUUUUUUUAUACCAGUUCUUUAAAAAAAACAAGAAAACUUUGAAUAUGAAUAAAUAAACACAUUUUUUUCUUUAUUAGUCUAUUAAUUAUUAUUGAAUGUUUAUAACUAUUAUUAUAUAGAAUUAUUACAAUAAAAAGAAAAUUAUAUAUAUAUCAUAUAUAUAAACACAUUUGAAAAUAUUUCAUUUCAAAGUUCACACUUUUUUCAAACAUUGAAUACUGGUAUAAACUGUAUUAAGAACAAUUUUUUUGUUUGGCAAUUAAUGUCUUUUGGAUAUUUUAUUUGUAAAAUUUUUUUGCCAGAAUUCAAUGCGAGACACCAUCCACUAUACAAUAGUUUCGAAACCAGUUUCUCUUGAACAAUUGACUAAAAUCAUAUUUAUUAAAUAAUAUUGUAUACAAUCAAGUUAAUGUUAAAUUAUUAUGUAAUUUAUUUGAUGAAAUGUUAUUAAAAUAUCAUUUAAUAUAGUUAGUUUCUACUUUGA